AUGGACGGCACAGUAAACUAUGAUUCUAAGACUAAGAAGUUAUCAUUACCAACCGAAUUCGAACAAGAAUUACCAGAAUUAAAAUUAGAAAUUGAUCAAUUAAAUAAUUUAACUACUGAAAUUAUAAAUAAUGGUAAUGAUGUUCCACCAACAGAAACUUUUAAUAAAGAUUUAAGUAAAAUUAUUAAGAAAUUAUAUGAAAGUGGAGUACAAUCAUUUAAAUUAAAUAAAUUUCAAGAAUCUGCUAAACAAUUUCUGAUUGCUAUUGAAAUGAUUUCUAGAAGACCAAAAUUUGAAAGUUUUCAAGGAACGAUACAAGAAUUAAGUUUAUUAUUAAUGAGUAGAGCUGAUGCUUAUUUAAAAUGUAAAGAAUAUUUGAAAGCUUUCAAUGAUGCUGACUUAUUAAUUGGAAUGAUGAUGAAUACUCCAGAUAAUUUCUUAAGAAGAGGUGUUGCUAAUUAUUUCUUGGGUAAUUAUGAAGCAGCAAGAGCUGACUAUCAAAGAGGUUUAGCGUUUAAUGAAAAUGAUGCAAGGUUAAACAAGGAGUUGACGGUUGUUUUAGAUAAAAUAUUAGAAGAAAAUGGUGAUACUCUUUAA